UUUCGGACCGCCACCGCACACCGGGGCGGGAGAUCGAAUGUUUCACUUAUAAAAAGGAUGGUGGGCCGGCUUGUCGUCACAGUCGUCUCCAGCUCCAGUUCGAGCGAGUGUCGUGUGUUUUGUGAAGUGUCGUGCAGUGUGAAACCGUCGAAGAGAUGAAGAUGAUCGUUCUGUGUGUGCUCGCGGUGGCGGCCGUCGCCCGCGCCGACUACCACGACAACGUGUUCCACUUCAGCACGGUGCAGAGGCCGACCGCCUUCCGCAGCCAGUACCAGCAGCCCAGCGCCGCCUACAUCACCAAGUACUCCCAGCCUGCCAGCGCCCAGUACUACCAGUCCGCCAACACACAGUUCUACCAGCCGGCCGCCACCCAGUACUUCCAGCCCGCCACCGCCUACCGCCGCGAGUACUACGAGCAGCCCGCCGUCGUCAACACCGCCUACGCGCAGCCCCAGGCGCUGCUGCAGACCCCGUUCGUGUACAACGCCCCAUCCGUCUACCAGGCUCCGGUCACCACUGCCUUCCAGCCCCAGCUGAACGGCAUCAGCUCUUACGCCUCCUCCUUCAGCGGCCCCCAGUACCGCAUCCUGAAGCACACCCAGGAGGUCGACCCCAGCGGACCCUACCGCGCGCACUACCAGACCGAGAACGGCAUCACCAACACUGAGGAGGGCGCCCUGACCGUCGGCUCCGAGGGCCCCGCCGUCGCCAAGAAGGGCUCGUACUCGUACACCGGCCCCGACGGCAGGCAGUACUCCGUCAACUGGGUGGCCGACGAGUUCGGCUUCCGCGCCGCUGGCGACCACCUGCCCACGCCCCCGUCCGUCCCCAGCUCCGUCUACAAGAAGUGAGGAGCCGAGUCUCAGGAGACGACCGCCACCCCCGACAUGACGACGACCCCGACAUCUAACGCGCGCAGCGUAGCGGGCUGUCUGCCGUCCGGACAGGCACGGCUAGAAGAGCCCCGCGGACGCCACAACUCUAGCAACCAAAAAAUAUUAAAGCCCUUAUCGUAAAUCUUAA